CGAGAUUUCAUUUUGUUAAAUCAACAGCCUUUUAUCCGCAAUCAACUUAUCUUUUUACAUAACGAUGGUUGCUCAAAAAAAGACAAAAAAAGCAAUUGAAAAUAUCAAUUCUAGACUUGCUCUAGUAAUGAAAAGUGGAAAAUGUGCUUUAGGAUAUCAACAAACACUAAAAGCAUUAAGAAAUGGCAAGGCCAAAUUAAUUAUAAUCGCUAACAACACACCCCAACUAAGGAAAAGUGAAGCUGAAUAUUAUGCUAUGUUAGCCAAAACAGGUGUACACCAUUAUAGUGGAAGUAAUAUUGAUCUUGGAACUGCUUGUGGUAAAUAUUAUAGGGUUGGAAUGCUUAGUAUAAUUGAACCAGGAGAUUCAGACAUAAUCAAAACACUUCCAUCAGAAGGCCAAUAAUGUUUAUUAUGUAGUUUAUAAAAUAUAUAAAUUUUAUUUAAUAAAAGACAUAAACAUCACAUUCAUAUAUUCAUUUUAUUAUUCUUCUGAUAUUAC